AUGGUGAAGAACACCUGUGUCUAUUCGCUAUUUGCUGUAGCCAUCACUAUACUAGCACUUAUUCCACAAUCUUCUGCAGAGUCUCGCCUUCGAAUGUGUCCACCAGGUGGCAGCAGUUUCACAAUGGCUUGGUCUAUGGCGUGCACAAUGCGAAGAAAGCGGGAUGUUCAACAAAAACAGCUAUCUCCAAAGCGUGCUCUAAUUGCUCCAUCAAUUCGUCAACUUCAAACGAUUUGCUGUGAUGUUGGAUGCAGUGUGAAUGAUCUGUUGUCAUACUGUGGACCGUUAUCAGGAUGCCAGAAACUCGAAGAUGAGCCUCGCUCUGAUCGACCGACUGCAAUAUCGUUCGACGAACUGAAGAAUCUGACGGAGCAGCAUCCAUAUGAAGGUGUGCGGUAUUUUGCUGCCAGUUUUGGCUGUUCGCUGUCCACCGUGAGCAAUGGAUUGCGAUCUCUCGGAAUGGUGAAAAAGCUCGGUCAGUGGCUCUCAUAUGCAUUGAGCGACGGCAACCGCCAAAGACGCCUGGACAUCUGCACUCAGCUGCUCUCCAGAAUCCGCAGAUUCGACUGGCUGGACACCAUUGUCACUGGAGAUGGAAAAUGGGUCCUCUACGUCAACAACAUCCACAAACGUGCGUGCUGCGCUGGCGAUGAAAUGCCGGAUCCUUUCGUGAAAAGUGAAAUCCAUGAAAAAGGUCAUGCUGAGCGUCUGGUGGGGAGUUCAUGGAAUCUACUGUUUCGAACUGCCGCCGGACAACACGACAGUUACUGCCGAGGUUUACUGCGCUCAACUGCAAAGACUGGCCGACAAGAUUUGCAAUCCGAUCCGAGCACCCGAAGCUCGACAACGUUCGCCUGCUGCACGAUAACGCGCGCCCUCACAUCGCGAAGACUUCCCAGAGAAUUCUGGAGCUCGGAUGAGAAGUUCUACCGCACCCACCGUACAGUCCAGACCUGUCUCUUCUCUUCUUCUCGAGAAUGA